AUGGCCUCACUUCAUCUCUCUUCUCGUUUUCUGGCCACAAACACUAAAAAACACAGCUCCAUCUCCAUCUCUCAUAACUACUCUCCAACUCCAUUCACCAGAUUAUUCUCCCGCAAGAAGUUUAUGUCGUGUUCGAUGUCUAUGAAUGGAUGCGAAGGAGAUUUCAAGACCCCACUUGGUACAGUUGAGACGAGGACUAUGUCCACUGUUUUGUCUCCGACAGCAGCCACUGAGAAGCUAAUCUCCGCCGUUGCCGAGCUCAAAUCUCAACCUCCGCCGUUUUCCUCCGGCGUUGUCCGGUUACAGGUACCGAUUGACCAGCAAAUCGGAGCAAUCGAUUGGCUUCAAGCUCAGAACGAGAUCCAACCUCGCUGCUUCUUCUCCCGCCGGAGCGACGUCGGACGUCCCGAUCUUCUCCUCGACUUAGCGAACGAGAAUGAAGACGUAAACGGCGGCUCGUCAGAUCGUGAUCUGGUUAGCGUCGCCGGUAUCGGUUCAGCAGUGUUCUUCCGUGACCUUGACCCCUUCUCUCACGAUGACUGGAGAUCAAUUCGAAGGUUUCUCUCGUCCACGUCACCUCUGAUUCGUGCCUAUGGAGGCAUGAGGUUUGAUCCUAACGGCAAGAUCUCUGUGGAGUGGGAACCCUUUGGUGCAUUUUACUUUGCUGUACCUCAGGUUGAGUUUAAUGAGUUUGGUGGAAGUUCAAUGUUGGCUGCAACUAUUGCUUGGGAUGAUGAAUUGUCCUGGACGCUGGAGGAUGCUAUUGAAGCACUUCAAGAGACUAUGCUUCAGGUUUCUUCUGUUGUGGUGAGGUUACGGAGAGAGUCUCUUGGAGUAUCUGUUCUUAGUAAGAAUCAUGUUCCUACAAAAGGGGCGUAUUACCCUGCUGUAGAGAAGGCUUUGGAGAUUAUAAAGCAGAAGAGUUCUUCUCUUAGCAAGGUAGUCGUGCUUGCUCGCAACAGCAGAGUUAUAACAGAUACCGAUAUUGAUCCCAUUGCUUGGCUUGCACAGUUACAGAGUGAAGGGCAUGAUGCGUAUCAGUUCUGUCUUCAACCACCAGGCGCACCAGCUUUUAUUGGAAACACGCCUGAGAGACUUUUCCAAAGGAACCAGUUAGGUGUCUGCAGUGAAGCUUUGGCUGCAACUAGGCCUCGAGCUGCUUCAACGGCUCGUGAUAUGGAGAUAGAGCGUGACUUAUUAACCAGCCCCAAAGACGACCUUGAGUUCUCUAUCGUACGAGAGAACAUAAGAGAGAAGUUAAACUCUAUAUGUGACAAGGUAGUUGUUAAGCCCCAAAAAACUGUGAGGAAGCUUGCAAGAGUGCAGCACCUGUAUUCUCAACUAGCCGGGAGGCUUAGGAGAGAAGAUGAUGAGUUUGACAUAUUGGCUGCUCUGCAUCCAACUCCAGCUGUUUGUGGGCUUCCAGCAGAAGAAGCCAGGCUUCUGAUUAAGGAAAUAGAAUCAUUUGAUAGAGGAAUGUACGCUGGACCUAUUGGUUUCUUUGGUGGUGCUGAGAGUGAGUUUGCAGUUGGGAUCAGAUCAGCUCUAGUAGAGAAGGGUCUUGGGGCAUUGAUCUAUGCGGGGACAGGGAUUGUAGCAGGAAGCAACCCAACCUCAGAGUGGAAUGAGCUUGAUCUAAAGAUAUCUCAGUUCACCAAGUCAAUUGAGUAUGAAGCAACAACAACAACAACUCUGCAGGCAAUUAAUUGAAGAAGAGUAACAACAUUUGUUUUUUUGUAUUAUAUGGGCAUGGGGAUUGGGGUGGGUCACAAUAGAGAAUCAGUGUGUAUUUUGUCUACGAUGUAAAUAAAAAGAAUAAUUGAUGGAAGUUCAUAGUUUUUUUUGUUCUGAUUAUUAAUGGAUCGAGGCUUUCUUGGUUGUAACUAGGCCACGCAUAAUCUGAAUGUUAAUAGGCUAAGCCUUUUAUUACUGUUAAUGGGAUUCUGUAGUAGAA